AUGAUCCGCAAAGAAGGUAAAGAGAUACAGAAAAAGACGAAGAAGAAGAAGAAGGUGAAGAACCAUCAGCCACUGUCGUUGUUGUCUCUUCCAGAAGAAAUCUUAGAAAACAUUCUUGCCCGUAUCUCGAGAUGGGAUUACCCUAAACUCUCUCUUGUAUCCAAGAGAUUCCUCUCCCUCCUCUCUUCUCCCCAACUCUACACGACACGAUCUAACAUUGGAACCACAGAACCAUGUCUCUAUUUCUCCUUAGAAUUGCCUAAGAGCCAAUCUCCUGAAUGGUACACUCUAUGGAUGAAACCUGUCAAAACCCUAACGGACGAUGAUGAUAUUCCUAAUGAAUUUUCAUUGGUCCGGGUACCUUGUUGCCCCCAUCCUCAUUGUAUACCUUAUCAGUCCACCGUAGCUGUUGGUUCGGAGAUCUACUUAAUCGGUGCACCCUACAAAUCACCACCGACUUCAGCUGUUCGUAUUCUUGAUUGUAGGAGUAACACAUGGCGUGAUGGCCCCAAUAUGAUGGUGGCUCGGGAGUGUGCAAAUGCCGUUUUUGUUGAUGGGAAAAUCUAUGUAAUGAGAGGUUGUGGUAAGGACGAGUCCAUGGCUUGGAUGGAAGUAUUUGACAUAAGGACUCAGACUUGGAGUUCUUUGCCGAGCCAUGGAGCCGACGAGCUACGUAGCAGCGAGCAAGAGAUAGUAAUCACUGUGCUGGAAGGAAAGAUUUACGUAAUGGAUGAUACAAAGGACUAUGCUUAUGAUCCGAAAAAGGGUAUAUGGGAAGUUGUAGAAACGCACUCAAGCAACAUGUGGAUAGAUGCUUGGUGUGUGAUAGAGAAUGUAAUGUAUUGUUAUAAAAACUCCCAUUGUUGCGUAUGGUAUGACUCGAAGAGUAGAAAGUGGAGAAAGGUCAAGGGUUCGAAUUUGGCCUUAUUGCUUAAGGAUACAUGUUCCUUAGCACCGGGGUAUGUGCUCGAUUUACUUAACUAUGGUGGGAAACUUUUAGUUGUGUGGGUAACAGUUCACAUCGAAAACGGAGAACAGAAAAAGAGAAUCAGGUGCGCAAAGAUGGCAUUAGAGAAGCACCAUGGAGGUGCGGUUUGGUGUAAGAUGGAGUGGUAUAAUACUCUUCUUACGGUCCCCUAUUCGUUUGACUUCUUGAGUAAUUGUGUAGUAGUUUCGAUUUGA